AUGGGCGACAACACCAGCCCCAUCAGCGUGAUUCUGGUGAGCUCGGGCAGCAGGGGCAAUAAACUGCUGUUCAGGUAUCCCUUCCAGAGAAGCCAGGAGCACCCGGCGUCCCAGACAAAUAAGCCUCGUAGCAGAUAUGCCGUCAACAACACUGGAGACCAUGCCGACGACCAGGAUGGUGAUUCCAGGUUUUCGGAUGUCAUUCUGGCAACAAUUUUGGCAACCAAGUCUGAAAUGUGUGGCCAAAAAUUUGAACUGAAGAUUGAUAACGUGCGGUUUGUUGGGCACCCGACACUGCUGCAGCAUGCUCUGGGGCAGGCCAACGCGGACCCAUCAGUGAUAAACUGCCUGCACAACCUUUCCCGACGCAUCGCCACCGUGCUGCAGCACGAGGAGCGCCGCUGCCAGUAUCUCACAAGAGAGGCCAAGCUGAUCCUGGCGCUGCAGGAUGAGGUGUCCGCGGUAGCUGAUGCAAAUGGUGGUCCUCAGUCCCCGUUCCAUCACAUUCUGCCCAAGUGCAAGCUGGCCAGGGACCUUAAGGAAGCUUAUGACAGCCUCUGCACGUCCGGCGUGGUGCGGCUCCACAUCAACAGCUGGCUGGAGGUGGGCUUCUGCCUGCCGCAUAAGAUCCACUACGCUGCUGCGAGCCUCAUCCCCCCUGAGGCCAUCGAGCGGAGCCUGAAAGCCAUCCGCCCCUACCACGCCCUGCUGCUUCUCAGUGAUGAGAAGUCCCUGCUGGGCGAGCUCCCGCUCGACUGCUCCCCGGCCCUGGUGCGUGUGAUCAAGACCACGUCUGCCGUGAAGAACCUGCAGCAGCUGGCCCAGGAUGCAGAUCUGGCCUUGCUUCAGGUUUUCCAGCUCGCGGCUCACCUGGUGUACUGGGGCAAGGCCAUCAUCAUCUACCCGCUGUGUGAGAACAACGUCUACAUGCUUUCUCCCAACGCCAGCGUGUGUCUGUACUCUCCACUGGCUGAGCAGUUCUCCCGUCAGUUUCCAGCUCACGACCUGCCAUCUGUCCUUGCUAAGUUCUCCUUGCCCGUCUCCUUGUCAGAAUUCAGAAACCCCCUCGCCCCCCCGGUACAGGAGACCCAGCUCAUUCAGAUGGUCGUGUGGAUGCUGCAGCACAGGCUCCUUGUCCAGCUGCACACAUACGUGUGCCUGAUGGCCUCGCCCAGUGAGGAUGAGCCCCACCCUCGAGAGGACGACGUCCCCUUCACCACCAGGGUCAGCGGCCGCAGCCUCAGCACACCCAACGCCCUCAGCUUCGGUUCCCCAACCAGCAGUGACGACAUGACCCUCACGAGCCCCAGCAUGGACAACUCCAGUGCAGAGCUUCUCCCCAGUGGGGACUCCCCGCUGAACAAGAGGAUGACGGAGAACCUGCUGGCCAGCCUUUCGGAGCACGAGCGGGCGGCCAUCCUCAGCGUGCCUGCAGCCCAGAACCCCGAGGACCUCCGCAUGUUUGCUAGGCUCCUGCACUACUUCCGGGGCCGCCACCACCUGGAGGAGAUCAUGUACAAUGAGAACACGCGGCGCUCCCAGCUGCUCAUGCUCUUUGACAAGUUCCGCAGUGUGCUGGUGGUGACCACCCAUGAGGACCCAGUCAUCGCGGUGUUCCAGGCACUGCUCCCUUGAGACCAGACCGAAGACGAGGAGGCGGAGAGAGGGUGCUGCCCGCGGCGGGGCUGCUGGGCUCUCCCCAGCCCUGGGCUUCCCACCCCUACACUGGGCGGAGCCCUCUGGUGCCUGAAGCCGGACUACAGUCCAGCGGCAGCCUUGGGCCUGCUGUACUCCAGGUUCUCGGUCUCGUCUGGUCCUGGAGGCAGCCUCAGUAUCUGAGCUGAGGUGAGGUGAGGCUUCCAGCUGGAGGGAGUGUGCAGGACUCAUGCCUCAGAGGGAGGCCUGCUGCGUUCGUUCCACACGCAAAUUCGGGCCGUGCGUUUCUGUCGGACCCUCCUCCCAACCCCGUCCUCAUCCCCUGACCCCCUCCACCGCUGCCUUCCCUUGGUCACCCUGGGGGAUACACGGAAACACGUCUGCCCCCACCCCUCCGCCCUUCCGGGGGCCAGGAACACCUGAGUGGCCCUGCCCUCACCACAGCCCUUGCGUUAACCGCCAGCAGGCUCGUGACCAAGCUGUCACUCCCUCUCUGACACCUGAUGAUACACAAGGGACUGGGCUGAUCCCCAUCCUCAAGGUGAGUCUGCGCUGGUACACGCUCCCCUCCCUCGUGCAGGCCUGAGGAAUGAUGCGU